AUGGCUGAUAUCGAGGUUGAGGAUCUUUUCAACUAUCCACCGUUAAGCUACACACGUAACUACAUUGAUGGAGCUUUCGGACAACUACCGGACAUGGCGUCCCUCGAGUCGCAGGCCUCAGUGGAGACGGCUACGAUGAUGUAUUUGAAAAGCCACAACGACAUCGAAGAACUUUAUACGGGGCUCCACAGAGGUGUAGAACAAGUCGCUGCUAGAUUGUCAGCACAUACCCCUCCACAACUGGAUCAUAUAAGGGAACAUAAUCGUCAGCUUAUUGGAAAGAUCAGGAGUCUAGAUCGCGCGAUCACUGAGAAUGUAGCGUCUGUUAGAAGUGGUUCAAGCUCACGCUCGAGCCCACAUUCAGGCCCAUCAACAUCAGACGCAGAGCUGAGCCGCUCGGAAACAAACAAGGAAAGGGGGCAAAUCUCAAAAGAUUCCAAGCUAGCCAAGAAGUUGCUCCUAGUUGGCAAUCAAAAGACAAAGUCCCAGCUUGCCGAAUUCAAAACACGACUGGAGGCCCCCGAAUUUUAUGUGGCCCCUUCUAAUAACGGUCAUAUCUCCUUUGGGUCGCAAAUUACGGAUACGCCACAAUUCUUACGAGUGAUCAUGAAUUUGGGCAUGGCAAUCGAGAACAGCAGCUUUGGAGAGCAAAGCUCACGCAUCAAAAAAAGAAUAGCUCUGGCACAAUUUUACAAAGCCUACAGCUUAGCACAGAGUCAGCCUGAAAUCUUCUUGUCUUGGUGUGGAAGUAAAGAAGGUGCAAGGAAGCUCUUUAGUUCCCAAGGGUGGAUAUAA